AUUAGCGAGGUUUGCUGCAACAUGUGUAGGAAACAUUGACAAUAGUGUCAACUAACGUGCCAUCCGACGACAGAAAAUGUUGUUUAAUGUUCAUAUAGGGCGUGUAAGUGACCUAAAGUGUACAUAUAGGACAACAGAAUACCAUACGGAUGUAUAGCUGAUGGCUAAUGUUAAGCUACAAUAACUGUAUUGAAGGAGUAGUAGUGUAGAGGGGGAGCCUGUGUAGAUCAGUCAUGUGGAGAAGACCCCUACGUGCAGGCUACAGAUGGUCUGGGAUAAAGGGGAUCUGGGGCUCCAAGGCAGUGCGUAGAUGCAGCACUCCAGCCUUACCUGCAGGCAGAAUCACAGCACGUCAGGCAGUGGACUUAUGGAAGAGACACUUUGUGGAGACAGGUGUGCCGGAGCCUGACCACUCCAGCCACUACAUCAUUGCUUAUCUGCUCGGGGCUAAAACUAUCGAAAGUCUUGAGCAGGGGAAGUUAACAGAGUUUCUCAGCCAAGAACAAACAGAGCAGAUGUGGCAGCUCUGUACUAAACGCCUAUCCAGAAUGCCCGUGCAGUAUGUGAUUGAGGAGUGGGACUUCAGAGAUCUGACACUGAAGAUGAGACCUCCUGUGUUCAUACCAAGACCUGAAACCGAGGAGUUGGUUGAACUCGUGCUCACUGAUCUGGAGAUGAAGCCCGGGACGGGAGCGGGUGGAGACGCUCAGCAUACAUGCUUGGAAGUGGGAUGCGGCUCCGGUGCCAUUUCUCUUAGUCUGCUGAAGAAUCUGCCUCAGCUUAAAGCCAUCGCCGUGGAUCAAAGCCAGGAUGCAGUGGAUUUAACAAGAGAGAAUGCGUUAAGGCUGGGCCUUCAGGACAGAUUACAGGUUUAUCAUAUAGAUGUAAUGAAAGAUGCAGAAACUGUGUUGAGCCUCUGUAGCCCUGUUUCAGCUUUGGUUAGUAACCCUCCGUACCUGUUCUCAGAGGAUAUGAUGUCGUUGGAAGCGGAAGUUUUCAGGUUUGAAGACCACGCUGCUUUAGAUGGAGGUAACGAUGGCCUAACGGUGAUCAAACAGAUUUUGACUCUGUCUCCACAGAUCCUAUCAAAUCCUGGUCGUGUUUACUUGGAGGUGGACCCCAGACACCCCCCGCUCAUUCGACGGUGGGUGGAGGCGAAUGUGGAAGAGAUGCAUUAUAUGGAGACACGGCACGACAUCAGCGGCAGGCCACGAUUCUGCAUCCUUCAGCGACAGAAGUCAAACAGGGACCGCAAACUGGGUCUGGAUUGAGAAACUGAGAUCCUAUUACGCUGGCUUUAGCCCAGGUUGCCACAGCCACAGCUCCCCUACCCCCACUGAGCCACCAAAGCACGCACUCCCUCUGAUAUUAUCACUCUCAAUUUGCAGAAUCUCAAACCACUGUCAUGUCACUGUUGCACUUUUAAUCUGGUAACAUUUGUGAUCACAUCCUGUGCCACAAUAAAAAAACGUGUGCGAGAUGGCACAAAAGCAGGCUCAAAGCUGAAGGUAAUUACCGAGGCUUUUCUUAGAACCCUCCCUCUCAGAAGCUCACCCUCCUCCCUGGAAGCAUUCAGUAGUUCUCUGAAUCCGCUGAUGAACAGUCCUCCCCUUCACUUGUCCACUCGCUGACUCAGAUGCAGGCUGUACGCAUUGUUGAGCAAAAACACACACAAUGUGGCCUUUACUUCCUCACACAAUCUGCGUCUCUCACACACUUAAAGCUCAAAGGCCACAAAGACUUUGUGUUUCAAAGGUGAUUGAAGGCGAAAAUAUUUCGUAACAAGUGUCACAAGAGCAGUCGUCAUGCUGUGGUUCAUAAUAAUAAUGAUGAUGAUGAUGAUGAUGACAGUGUUUCUCUUCACCCUGUGAGUAAAACUGGCAUUGUAAGCAACACGACAGAAAAGGAUAUAAAGGACAGCGAGUUAGACUCCAGUUGCUCAUUUUAAUAGAAAAAUGUACACAUGUAAAAGGUAGAAAAAACGUCUUGCCGAGAAAAAUAAAAUGGUGUAAAAGAUGUCUCAAUGGAAUCAGUGUACU